AGCUCGGCUCGUCAGUUCGCGGCUCGGCAGGGUUCGCCCUCGCCAUUGUCUGCUGCGAGUGCCGGGCGGCGCGGCGGCUGGCAGCGAUGCUGAAAGACUCCGCGCCCCCUCAGAGGCGGCAGCGGGAACUGGCUCCAUCUUCGGGGAACAGCCACUCCGCCUGCUGAAGACUGAAAGUUUGUGUCCCUGCCGCUCCCUCUCCUCCCCCUUCUCCCCGUCAGACCGGCUCGUCCUCCAUGCGCUGAGCAGCUGCGGAGCGCCCGCUCGGCCCCAUGGACGCCUUCAGCGCCGCAAAGGCCAAAAUGGGGGCGAAGAGUGGCGGCGAGACGGCGGUGGCAGGGCUGUCGGCGCCUCAGUCCGCCGUGCCGGCCCCUAGCCCCAUCAGUCCCGCCGCGCCCGAGCCCGCCGCCUACAAGCUGGAGGACCUGGAGACCCUGGCCACCGUGGGCACAGGUACAUUCGGCCGUGUUCAUCUGGUGAAGGAAAAAAUGGCAAAACGUUACUUUGCACUGAAAGUAAUGAGCAUUCCUGAUGUCAUUCGACUGAAGCAAGAGCAACAUGUGCACAAUGAAAAGUCAGUCUUGAAAGAAGUCAAUCACCCCUUUUUGAUUAGAUUGUUUUGGACCAACCACGAUGAGCGUUUUCUGUAUAUGUUAAUGGAAUAUGUGCCAGGAGGAGAACUUUUUAGUUACCUGCGCAAUAUGGGGCGUUUCAACAACAGCACAGGACUGUUUUACUCUGCAGAAAUUAUUUGUGCAAUAGAAUACCUGCACUCCAAAGAAAUAGUUUACAGAGACUUAAAACCUGAAAAUAUAUUACUAGACAAAGAAGGACAUAUCAAGCUUACUGAUUUUGGAUUUGCUAAAAAACUGGUGGAUAGGACGUGGACACUAUGUGGGACCCCUGAGUACCUUGCACCAGAAGUCAUACAAAGUAAAGGCCAUGGAAGAGCUGUGGAUUGGUGGGCCCUAGGAAUUCUUGUAUUUGAGAUGCUGUCAGGGUUUCCUCCAUUUUUUGAUGACAAUCCUUUUGGUAUAUAUCAGAAGAUUCUUGCUGGCAAAAUAGAUUUCCCAAGACAUUUGGAUUUAUAUGUAAAAGACCUCAUUAAGAAGCUGCUUGUGGUUGAUAGGACAAGGAGAUUAGGAAAUAUGAAGAAUGGAGCAGAUGAUGUGAAGAGACAUCGAUGGUUCAGGUCUAUAGAAUGGGAUGCUGUACCUCAAAGGAGACUAAAGCCUCCCAUAGUACCAAAAGUAUCCAAUGACGGGGAUACUUCCAAUUUUGAAGCUUAUCCUGAAGACGACUGGAACAAGAUGCCUCCGGUACCCCCUAAAGAUCUAGAAAUUUUCAAGAACUUCUGAAUGCAACAUCCACACUGGACAAGAAACUGGAAAAACAUUGAAUUGCUGAGAAGUCUGAAGAAAAAUGGAGUUGAUAUAUAAAUGAAGACCUUCUUUGUGGAUAAGAAAAAUACUGCAUUCAGAUAUGCAUGUUACUAUAUAAUAAAUAUAUAAAGAGUUGGAGGCAGGCAAGAGUAAUUUUUUGAUAUUUGACAUUAGCCGAACAAAUUGUAAUAAUGGUAGUCUGCUCCGAGGUAGACUCCCUAAAAUGGUAUAUUUUGGAAUUUUUUUUUUUUUUAACUUCUCAGUUAGUUUCCUGCUCUUCCCAGAUCCGUUUGUGUAGUUAACUCAUAGGCUUAAUUUUAUAAGUUUAUACUAAACUUGUGUAAUUAAAAACACAAAUUAGUAUAUCUGUAUAUAAUGAAAACAGUACAACUAAAGCACAGGAACUGUGCAGAGAUGUAAAUUUUUGUACUUUGCAGAGUCUAUGGUUUUUAUUUUUCAAUAAUGUUUUUCACAAAGGUCUCUAGGAAUAAAAUUCGUAAAAGGAUAAAUGAGUUUUUCAUCAUCUUAUAUACAUUUUAUAGUUCUUUGUAAAAAAUUAAAAUACUUAAGUUUUAAAAAAGAUUUCUACCUAAAAGUUCCAAUGCUUCACACUUGCAACUGUAGUACUUGAAAGCAGAAAGACAAAGGCAUGUUUUAUUGUUAAGAUACACCUUAAUGGCCAAUUUAUGAACUUCUGUCACAGUGAUUUCUCUUUAAGAAACAGGAUAUUGAAUGACUAUAUUCUGUCUGAAGUGAGAUUACUUACAUGAAGACUCUCUGUAAGCAUUCAAUUUGGUGUGUGCUGGUACCAAGGGUUCUACUCUACUCUUAAAGGAGUUGUUCUCUUUCAAAGUUGCUGUCUUCUCCACAUGUGAAGCAUGAGCCAUAGCAGACUGUUUUCGUUAUUGAAAUAACUGUUGUUGAAUGCUUGGCACUUCAGAAAGACCACAUACAUAUUGGAACCCAAUUUUUCAGCUCCUGCUUUUGCAAUUGACCUGAAUUCUGUGCUGCCAGGAAUUAUGUAUGUACAGAGUUCAAGUCUUAAAAGUAAGGAGUCUCCUUUUUCAUCCUGUACCUUUCUAGCAGCUUGAAUACACCCUACUUAGGAAGGAUUUGCAAUACUGCAUUUUAAGUAGCACCAAAUACCUGUAUGUGCAUAUGUAUCUAUCUACGUAUUUGAAUACACAGAAAAAUGAAGUUAGAUUGUGGACACGUCAGGAUUUUUUUUCUUUCUUUUCAUGUUACAUAUUGUGACACUUGUGUUAAUACAGAGGAAUUGAUUAUUUUUUUUAAGUGCUUCAAUUGAUAUAAGUAAUUACGUUUUUCCAGAUGCUGUAGUAUUAGAUUACUUGUUGUGAAUUUAUGAUAUUUAAACCAAAAAUAUUUCCAUUUCAAAAGCACAUUAGCUUACUGAAAUUCUACUAUUAUGAAUGAUGGCUCUGCACUAAACUUUCCAUCAACUGCUCUACACAUACUUGAUCUGAAAUGCCAUAGCAAAUUUAGGCCAAAGAUUCAUUUUUCUGAGCUAAAUCUGAAUGCUUAUGAAGUAGACAUUCUAGUAAUGACUAACAAAAUUACCAUAUUUCUAAUUUUGUGACAUCCGUAGAUGGAGUCUCAUGUAAAAAUUGCUGUUUAGCUCUAAACAGUGCGGAAGUACUGUUGAGAACUUGCAGUUUCUAGGGUAUUAGAUCUAGUUCUUUAUAACACAAGGCUAAAUGUAAGAGAUUGCAUAACUCUUUGAAAAAUACAGGAAGAAUCCAUAGAAAAUUAUCACAUUAACCUAGUGAAAAACCCAGCUUAUUUUCUUGAAAAAUUAUAUCUGGUCCCCUGUAUUUUUACCUGUGGAGUUAGUUAUUCCACAUCAACUGGAAAAAUUGAAGCACAUAAAGCACAGCUCAUUUUGUCUAAGGGGUUCACAGUUCAGUGUUGAUUUGUUUCAAUACAUAAGUUCACAAUAUUUUAUGGAAUCUGCGUACUACAAAUCAA